AUGACCGUUGAUGAAGAAGAAGUUUUCGCCACAUACAAUGAAUUCAGAAGUGAUACAUUCACUGUGCCCACAAGGUCCAUGGUUGAAGCAGGGUUUAUGAAUGCCACGUAUGGUGACUCAGUCUACUGCGAAGACCAAGCCACAUUGGACUUAGAAGCUCGCAUGUGUGACAUAACCGGGAAAGAAGCUGCCCUUUUCUGCUCAUCUGGUACCUUGUCGAACCAAAUUGGACUCAGAGCAAACUUGUACCAGCCACCAUAUAGCAUAUUGUGUGAUCACCGCUCGCACGUCUUUUUGCACGAGGCUGGUGGAUUAGCAACCUUGAGUCAAGCCAUGGUCCAUCCUGUUAUUCCAUCUAACGGGAACUACCUAACUUUUGAAGAUGUGGUUCUGAAUGUGACAUUUGAUGAUGGAGAUAUUCAUGCUGCUCCAACAAAAGUCAUCUCGUUGGAAAACACAUUACAUGGAAUAAUAAUGCCCUUGGAGGAGAUUGCCAAGAUAAGCCAUUUUUGCAAACAAAACGACAUAAAGUUGCACUUGGACGGGGCAAGACUCUGGAAUGCAUCAGUCGCAACAGGUAUAAGUAUAAAGGAAUAUUGUUCUUAUUUCGAUUCAGUGUCCCUUUGCUUAUCAAAAUCAUUGGGUGCCCCAAUGGGAUCUAUCCUCGUUGGAUCAACCACACUAAUUAAAAAGGCAAACCAUUUCAAAAAGCAAAAUGGUGGUGGAAUAAGGCAAGCUGGUAUAAUGACAGCAAUGGCUUUACAUGCAGUCGACAACCAUAUACCUUUGCUCAAGAAAUCUCAUAUUUAUGCAAAGCAAAUUGGUGACUUCUGUCAAGCCAAUGGGAUUUUGCUUGAGUCGCCCGUUGACACAAAUUUCGUAUUUAUCGACCUAAAGAAGAACCACAUGGAUGAUAAGUUGCUCAUUGAAUUGGGAAACAAAUAUAACGUUAAACUAAUGGGUGGUCGAAUCGCGUGUCAUUUCCAAUUGAGUCAACAAAGUGUAGAGAAUAUCAAGCAAUGUAUUUUGGAAUGUUUUCAAAUUAAUCAAAAGAACCCUCACAAGGCUGAUGGAAGGAAUAAUAAAAAAAUGUACAAUUUUGACGCUAUAAAGAGGUGA